CUUCUUUCAAUUAGUUCCAUUUUCAAGUUCUGGGUUUUGUUGCUUGUUUACCAUAAGAACAGUUGAGGAGUCAAAGUAUGAUUCUUGAAAUAUAAUGUUUUAUGUUUGCUACAUACAGCAAGCCUUUAGCUGUUGUUAGUCAGACAAAAAUGCUUUAGAAGCCCCAUCUCCGGUGCCAUAUUUGGUUCUCCCAAAAACGCCGAAGCCCACAGUGUAGCUCCAAAUUCGAACAAAAGGAGACUUCUAGCAAUAAAAGAUAGAUAUUUCCAAGACAAAGACAAAAGGAGAGUUGUAUAUAACAACAUAUAUGAGGAAAUGUUAAUUAGUUGUAGGUGUGGAUAGUUCCUCAUGUGUUACUAAGACUUGUUGAUCAAACCUAUUACCACGUAUCAUCUGAUUCCUCAGAUCAUAUUUGCCAAAACCUUAUGCAUGUUCUUGUUCUAUGAUAACCGACGAUCCCAAAAAAACAGAACACUUACUUUCACUUGAGGGGGCAAAAGAAAGGCUUCAUUUGUUCAAAGCAGAUUUGCUAGAUGAAGGAUCUUUUGACCCUGUAGUUGAUGGAUGUGACUGUGUUUUUCAUACCGCAUCUCCGGUAUCUUUUUCAUCAGUCAGUGACCCUCAGGCAGAACUAAUUGACCCUGCUGUGAAGGGAACAUUAAAUGUUCUGAAAUCAUGUGCAAAAUUUCCAACCGUCAAGCGAGUGGUUUUGACAUCUUCUUUGGCUUCAGUAAUGAUGAAUGGAAAACCUCUGACCCCUGAUGUUGUAGUGGAUGAAACAUGGUAUUCAGAUCCACUAAUUGCUGAGAAGCACAAGCUGUGGUAUAUUCUUUCAAAAACUUUAGCUGAGGAGGCUGCUUGGAAAUUUGCUGAAGGAAAUGGGAUUGACUUGGUUUCAAUAAAUCCGGGGUUUGUGAUUGGACCACUCUUACAGCCGAUAAUUAAUUUGACGGUGGAGAUGAUUCAGAAUCUCAUAACUGGCAAGGCAGUGCCCGCUUCAAAUUACAGAUUUAUUGAUGUUAGAGAUGUUGCCGCUGCACAUAUUCAAGCAUUUGAAAUUCUUUCAGCUAGUGGAAGGUAUUGUUUGGUCAGCCAUGUUGCAAAUAUUUCCGAGACUCUAGAGAUGAUACGACAACUUUAUCCCACAAUGUACAUUCCUGAAAGAUGUGAGGAUGACAAUCCUCUUUUGAAUCCUUCUGGCCCACAGUUUCAAGUAUCCAAGGAGAAAGCAAAAAGUCUGGGAAUUAGUUUUUAUCCAUUGGAAGUAACUCUGAAGGACACUAUUGAAAGCCUGAAGGAGAAGGGUUUCCUCAACGUAUGAAUUAUCCUUCUGACAGCAAUUUGUUUGUUUAUCGUUACAGAAGUUUAUUAUAUAUUGGCGGUUGAAGUUUGGAUUAUGUGAAACUCCAAAGAGAUAACAAUGUAAAUAACGUACUACUGCCCAGACUUCCUAUCCUGAAAAUCAUCUGCAUAUAGUGCAGAUUUGACUAGGAAAAUGUGAAGUUGCUUUUGGCUCUUUAUUGGCUUGAUCGAGAAUAAAUGCUCAUGAG